GUGUGUGAAAAUGAAAGGGAAAUAAAAAGGAAAGAAGGAGGUCGGUUCCUUGCACCCAACGCAUCUCCCAUCGAGGGCUUAGCUUCGGAUUUAGGUUCGGAUGUGGACUUUGUGUAGAUAAGAACGACCCCUUCCCUUGUGUAUUUCCAUUUUAUUUACAUAAUAACUUAAGACCCAUUCUCUGUCUCUCUCUCGCCGCCUCCACUUCUCUCUUCAAAAUCUCACUCAAAAUUCCAUUUCAAACCAAGAAAAACAGAGUAUACUCUUAGAGUUUUCUCUUUUCAAUCAGUUCAAGCUGGCGAUCGAAAAUCAAGAAACCACUGUCCGUGAAAUCAAGCCCAAGAACAGGAGAAUCAUGGGAGCUGGUGGACCUGAUGAAGAAGACAACAGGUGGCCUCCAUGGCUGAAGCCUUUGUUAAGAGAGCAAUUCUUUGUUCAAUGCAAGCUUCAUGUUGAUUCUCACAAGAGUGAAUGCAAUAUGUACUGCUUAGAUUGCAUGAAUGGUGCUCUCUGCUCUUUCUGCCUAUCGUAUCACAAGGAUCAUCGUUAUAUUCAGAUUAGGAGGUCUUCAUACCAUGAUGUGAUAAGGGUGUCUGAGAUACAGAAAUACCUGGACAUAUCUGGAGUCCAAACUUAUGUUAUUAACAGUGCUAAGGUUGUUUUCCUCAAUGAGAGGCCACAGCCUAGGCCUGGAAAAGGUGUCACCAACACCUGUGAGGUCUGUGACCGUAGCCUUGUGGACUCCUUCCGCUUCUGCUCUCUUGGUUGCAAGAUUGUUGGAACAUCAAAGAAUUUCCAGAAGAAGAAGAGGCACCUGGCCAUGGCAUCAGACUCUGAGGAUUCAUACAGCAGCAGCAGCCAUGGAAAGCUGAAGAACAGCAAUAAAGAAAACAACAUUAGCAACAAAGUGCAGAGCUUUAGUCCUUCAACACCCCCUCCAACCUCGGUUAAUUACCGAACUGCCAAGCGAAGAAAGGGUAUUCCCCACAGAGCCCCAAUGGGAGGACUAAUCAUAGAAUAUUAGCCUGUGCUCUAUAACCAUAGUGCUUUUUCAAGUUCUAAAAAUAUAUUUUACCCUAUUCCCCCCCCACAUAUACAAAACUCAUCGGUCACCAUGCCUAACCUUUUUCCUUGAAAAGAGCCGGCAUUGUCACACUCCCCUAAGCUCUCUCUCUCUCUCUCGCUAGUAUUUCUGUGUAUAGAAGCAGCAAAAGAUAGAAGUGGGAAAAGGAUGGAAAAGAAGUGCAAAAAAAUAAGCCACCAAAUGUUAAGGACUUGCAUGCUGUAAGCUUUUUACAUUUUCUAUUUUUAGUUUUUAAGAUAAAAUAGGGUGCUUUUCCUUUCUAGAGUGAUUAUACAUAAAGGUUUUGGCAAAAUAGUAAUGGGGAAUGAAAGAUGUAAAUAGGGGUUUUUCUGGUUUUAGGGAAAGGUUAGUGAAGAAAAAAGAAAAAGACCAUGUACUCCUCGUUACAGGAGGCAAGUGGAUGUUUAUACUAUGGGAAAUGGAAUAAAGAGGAUUUUACCUUUGUUAUGUUUGUA